AUGGAAAGUAUCAGGAAUCCGGAAGCACCUGGAACCCCUGCAGCACCAGAAACGCCGACAGCACCAUGGCCCCUGACACCACCAGGAACCCAACAGCAUCUACAACCCUUACAGCACAGGGAACUCAGAAAAUCCCCAGGAACACAUCAGACCCGAAAUCACGAGGAACCCGACAGAACAAAUACCCGAAAACAAGAGGAACCCGAAGGAACAAAGACCCAAAAACACGAGGAACCUGACAGAACGAAGACCAGAAAAUACGAGAAACCCGACAAAACAAAGAAUCGAAAACCCCAGGAACUCGGCAGAAACUCAGACCAGAAAACACCAGGAACCCGACAGAAAAAGACCCGAAAACAACAGGAACCCAAAAGAACAAAGACCCGAAAAACACCAGGAACCGGCCAGAAACAAAUAACAGAAAACAAGAGGAACCCGAGAGGACAAAGACCCGAAAACACCAGGAACCGGCCAGAAACAAAUAACAGAAAACAAGAGGAACCCGAGAGCACAAAGACCCGAAAACACCAGGAACAUGACAGAACAAAGAAUCGAAAACACAAAAACCCGACAGUACAAAGAAAUGAAAAUGCUAGGAACCCGACCGAACAAAGACUCGAUAACACGAGAAACCCGACAGAACAAAGACCCGAAAACACCAGGAACCCGACAGAAAUAAAGACAAGAAAACACCAGGAGCCCGACAGAACAAAGAGCAAAAUACACGAGGAACCUGACAAAACAAAGACCCGAAAACAUGAGGAAUCCGACAGAACAAAGACCCGAAAACAUGAGGAACCUGACAGAACAAAGAAUCGAAAAUACGAGGAACCCGACAGAACAAAGACCCGAAAACACCAGGAACCCGACAGAAAUAAAGACAAGAAAACACCAGGAGCCCGACAGAACAAAGAGCAAAAUACACGAGGAACCUGA